UGUCGGUUUUUUUGGUAUCGGUCAAAAUUGUUUUUUGCUAGUUGAGCAAAUAUUGGUUAUAUGUCUUCUUUGUACGUGUUGCCCAUGACCAAAAGCGAAGAUCCUCGACGGAAGUCGGCAAUGGGCGAAUGAUCCUAGCAGUCGAGCCCAACAUUUUUUUGUGAAACGCAUAAUUGAACUUGAACUUGAACUCACCUUUACAACUUAGUAUUCUGUGAUCCGUAGUUAUUGUUUGUCUAUGCUUCAACCGUUAAAAUUCAAAAACCUAUUUUUAUUUCAUAAUUGACGAUUGAAAACAUUGCAAUGGAAUCAGUGCAUGUAACACCUGAAAGGCAAACCGGGAAAAAUAAAUUAAAGAUUCCUCCUUCUCCUUUUCUGAAAAGAAUUGGUUUUGGAACAGGAGUAGCAGUAUAUGAAUUGGAAAGAUCACCGGCUUUUAACAAUGUUUUGUCGCCUUGGGCAAUAAAAAAGUUAAUAAAACGGAAGUCUCUCAACAUUGACCUCCAAAAUCGAUUAAAAAAUGAAGCAGAAAUAUUGCGUAGCUUAAAACAUCCUAAUAUAGUUGGAUUCCGAGCAUUUCUAGAACAGCCUAAUGGUCACAUUUUGGCCAUGGAGGAAUGCAUAAGUAGCGUAGGCGAUUUAAUUGAGCAGAGAUGUGAGGAAGAUCUUGGACCCUUUCCUGCACAAAUAAUUAGAAAAGUAUCAACUGAUUUGUCUCGGGGUUUAAAUUAUUUGCACCAUGAUGCUCUUCUUAUUCACUGUGAUGUAAAAUCUUAUAAUAUUUUGACGACAGGAUAUUUUGGCAUUUGUAAAUUAUGUGAUUUUGGUGUCUGUCUUCCUGUUACAAGAGAAGGGAGUUUGGAUACGGCUAAAGUGGGUGAAGAUGCAGAGUAUAUAGGAACAACCUCCUGGUGUGCUCCAGAAGUUCUUUUGUACCCACAGAUUAUUACAACUAAAGCCGACAUUUAUUCCUUUGGAUUAGUGAUUUGGGAAAUGAUAGCUCUUUGCCCACCAAUUCAGAAUGAAUUGGCCAACAAUAUUAGUCAGGUCUCUAAUAGUGAUUCUGAAAUUGAAGAAAUUCUAGAUAAUAGUAUGCACAAUAGAAUGCGUCCUGCAAUACCAGACAAUGUUGUAUUAGGUCCUGAAUAUUCUGAUAUUUUAGGAGUUUUUUAUUGUUGUACUGAUGCGCAAAAAGAGUUAAGACCUACAGCAGGCAAUCUAGUUAAGAUUUUGGAAAUUUAAAAGUCUUAGUAUAUAGCGUGUUUUUAAAUCUUUAAUGUUCACAUUUUCUGAUGAAAAUUUUAGUCAUCUAAAUGUAAUAAAUAUAUUUGAAAUAUAAAUGUGUUGAGAAGAUGUGAUAUAAAAUUACCAGGUAAUUUUUUAAAGUAAAUUUUCAUAUUGCAUAUAAGAAUGGGACCCUGUCCAGACACAAAUCUCACUCUUUAAGAAAAAAUAGUAAAAUUUAUAUUUUUAUAUACAGUAUAAAAUACAUUUUUCUAUUUACAGUAAAAAUAAUUUUAGUCAAGAUGACCAUAGUCAUAUACUUUCAUGAAUAAAACUUAAUACCUAAUGAUUUACAUUUUGGACCUAUUCUAUUGGUUAUCACCUGUUACUUGAGUUACAAGUGGACCUCUAUUCUGCUGACUCCUGCUGGUUAAAUUUCGUCCAUGCAUAAUUUGUGGUGGAUAUAGCUGCCUUUGGUGUAAUUGAUGUGAGUACUUUCUGACGUGUGGUUCUGUUUGUUAAAAUUGGACGCUUAUUAUUCAUAAUAAUUUCAGCGAUUUUAAUUAUAUCCAGAAACAUUGUGAAAUUGUUUUUAUUUAAAACUAAGUUUCACAUUACUUCGGAUGUCUUUAUAUGAAGCAGUUCCUUAUUUUUGUACUGAAAAUGACAUUUCCAUAAGUCAAAAUAACAGCUUGACAGUGUUUUUAUGGAAUAGUAAAUCAUGUGACACUUGAUUUUGACAAC